UCGGUAUGUUAGAAUAAAAAAAAAAAGUGUUCGAUGAGCUUCUGUCAUCUCGUGUGUAUUGUUGAAGCCCCUGGUUGUGGCUUGUGGUAGAAAGAUUUGGAAAAUAGUCAUUAUAGGGACCAAAUGGAUCUUUUAAAUCAGAUUGUAUCAUCUGGGUCCUUUCGGACACUUAAGGAACCGCUUGCUUUCCUCCGAGCCCUGGAAUGGCUUUUUGCAAUCUUUGCAUUUGCAACAUGUGGCGGUUACUCUGGAGAACUGAGAGUCAGCGUGGACUGUCCGAACAAAACCCAGAGCGACCUGAGCAUUGAUAUCGCCAUCGCCUAUCCCUUUAGGUUGUACCAAGUGAAUUUUGAUGCACCCACAUGUGAAGGCAAGAGGCGCGAGAAACUCUCAUUGAUAGGGGACUUCUCAUCUUCUGCCGAGUUCUUCGUCACCAUUGCGGUGUUUGCGUUCCUCUACUCCUUGGCCGCUACGGUCGUCUACAUUUUUUACCAGAAUAAAUAUCGGGAAAACAACAGAGGGCCCCUAAUUGAUUUUAUUGUGACCGUGGUGUUUUCCUUCCUGUGGCUCGUAAGUUCUUCUGCCUGGGCUAAAGGGCUCUCAGAUGUCAAGGUUGCCACUGACCCAAAUGAAGUCCUGUUGCUUAUAUCAGCUUGCAAGCAGCCGGGUAACAAGUGCUUGCCUGUGCGAGGCCCGGUUAUGUCAAGCUUGAAUACUUCAGUGGUAUUUGGCUUCCUAAACUUUAUUCUCUGGGCUGGAAAUAUUUGGUUUGUUUUCAAAGAGACCGGCUGGCACGCAGCGGGAGUGCAGAGAUAUCCUCACGAAACCACAGAAAAGCAUUCCAGCACCUAUAACCAGUCCCUAAACCAAGGGGUAUACAAUCAAGACAACUAUGGGCAAACCCCAGGGUACGACCAACAGCAAGCGGGAUAUGGUCAACAACCCAACUUGGGCCAGACAGGAGGACUUGGCCAACAAAAUUAUAACCAGGCUCGAUAUAACCAAACGGGUCCAACUUCCUUUGCCAAUCAAAUUUAAUAUGAAAAAACAAAAAUGAUAUAUUAUUUAUUGCAGACAGCUUGGCAAGAUACCUUUACAGGGAGAUAAAUGGUUUCCAUUUGAGUGAUGGAAUACAUAACAAAGCUGGUUCGAUUCCAGUCGUAGCUGGUGGGUGGUACCUUAGAAGACCCGGUGAUCCUGAUCAUUAAAAUGUAGAAAUGACUUGUCUUUCCUGUGUUGUAACCAAAUUUUGUAAUUUUAGCAAAUUUCAUAUGUGAUGAUUCAAUACAGUGCUCUGGGUUUUUAUUUAAUUCCAUUUCAUUCUGUGCAUGCCGUGUGUAGCCAUUGCUCACCUCAAUAUUCUUCACGUGUUUGUGCAUGACGACUUCUGUGGCAAAAAAAACAUUUUCACUCUGUGAAAUAAUUUUUAUAAAUCAUAGAUAUAAAUAUAUGUUUGAGACAACAUAGUGAAGGAUGUGGGCGCUCAGUCUGGUCCUGGACUCUUUGGACAUUUGUGAUUCUUGUAAUGCAUUUUACUUGUUUAUGAAAAGAAAACCUAAGGGCUCAUUCACGUCCGUAACUGCUAUUGUGGUCAAACAGAAACGGGCGCAGUCAUGCUACUCAUCAAAUUUAAUAAGUUGCGUCCUAAAUUGCACUUUGCACUCGCAAAUGGGCCUUCCAGGGUUGUAUUUUGAACUAAAGAUUAGUGUUGGAUACUGAAGAUGCACAAAGAAAUAUGACAUUUUCAAAACAAACCUAACUAAGCUAUGAUUGGUUCAUUAGAUUUAUUUGAUGAAUUGUAUAGUUAUACAAUAUACUGUGCUAGUUUAUUAGCAGGAAGAGGAGCCUAGGGCAUAUUUCCACCACAGUGCAAGGUUAAAAUUUUUACUUUUCUGGGCUUUGACGGUUUUUGUAAAAAGAUCCAUAUCCCUGUGUUUAAUGUGUGCAUUAUCUGAAUUUAAAAGGCAAGUUCAUAUAAUAAAAACUGGUUUUGUUGGUGGACAUGAAUAUUGUAUCGCAAUUUGGUUGGCUAAUCCAUGAAAGUGGUACACAUAGUACAUAAAACUCCAUUGUUUGUGAAGAUUCAUCCAGGUCAGGGUAUAUCUGUAGUAAUAAGUCAAAUCAACUGGACUUGCUGUGUUUUUUCUUGAAGACGUUUCGCCAGUCAUCCAACUGGCUUUCCCAAUUCUCCAUUCCAGUUGGAUGACAGGUGAAACGUCUUCAAGAAAAAACACAGCAAGUCCAGUUGAUUUGACUUAUUACUACAGAUAUUAAACCCUAUUGUUCUUGUUAUAAUGAACUACUGGGGGAAGAACUAGUUUUGUAUGAACCAAAGUGGCACCAACACAAUCAACUCAAAGGCCCAUGUCCAUUUUUCUAAGAUGACGCAUACAUUGAGCAUUUUGGAGAAGGUUUGUGUACAAACAUGGAGAAUUUCUUAAACCUGAGAUUUUAACCAGCUCAUGUUUCUAAACAUACUGUCAUAGGUUGGUAGGUACAAUAUAUAUAUACAUAUUAUCUAUGGUAUUUUAGAAUUUAUCGACUUGUAAUUUUAUUGUACGGCUGUUGUAUGGACAGCAGAGAAGCACAACGUUGUGGUCUUUAUUAUAUAAAUAUCUAAAAACUUUAUUGUAUGAUGUAUGGCUGCUAAGUGGUAAAAUAUAUACUGUAAUUGCUAUUUUACCCAAAUAAAGAAUUACACAGAGUACAUUA